UCUCGAGAAUACUGUGACGAAAAAAGAGCUAAUCCUUAGAAUCAUCUUCACUGAUUCCAUCAAACCAAAAAACAAGUGUCCAAGCAAAAGUUGCUAAAAGAGCAUCAAUGGCGUCCUUAAGCAAAAAAUCCAUCUUCAAUCUCUCCAAAACCUUCCCACAUCGAGCCUCAUCUGUCUUCAUCGGUCGUCAAAUCUGGAAAGGAGGAUAUGUUGGUGCAACAGAGGAGCCGUCGGAACAACAGAGCAGGCAUGUCAAGAAGUGCUUCUACGGGACCGAUACUGAUGAAACGGGUGGCAAAGUAUCUGAAAUGGCUGAUAAGGCGAAAGAAGUGAAGGAUAAAGCCACUAAAACAACUCAAGAUGCAUGGAAAGCUAUUGAGGAAACUGCUGAAGAGUUGAAAGAAAAGGUGGUAGGAAAUGUAGAUCCAGAGGCUGUUCAUCAAGAUGAAAUUGUGGUGGAAGAUGAGAAGGAACUUAGGAAGAAACUGGCUAAAGAACCAGGAGGAAAGCCUGUGGAUGAAGAUAAAGGUAUGAAUGUGAAUUGGAGACCCAUUGUUGAGAAGAAACCACAACCCUCUUGAAAACAACAUUUUCUCUUCUUUUCUUAGGCUAUUUUAGUUUUGUUUGAGAAUAAUAGUGAAGUCCUAUGGACUUGCUAAUUAGUAGCUAGCUUGAAGUUUGUAAUCCAUUAGCCUAGAUUGAAUAAUCAGAGACGGCAGUACUGAAACUUUGCAAUUUUAUUUGUAGUGUCAUGGAGCUUUCUGUUU